GUUUGGUCCUCGAUCGGACCUCGGAGCGCCUAAAACCUCAAAAAAAAAAACAGUAAGCGAGAAUUAAGGUAUGAUCCAAAUUGAGAUGUUUCCAAGCUGUCAACUGACAAGAUACCCAGAAGAGACUAUACUUGCGUGAAUGUGUCACCUCCGAGGUGUUGAUAUUCGAGUCUCCGUAACAGCUAGGAUUGAAUCAAGUAUCGGAGUCUCGGCCAUGUGGAGAGAGCACGAUCGUGGAUCGCUAAGUUCGCCGGAGAUGUGUGGCUGUGCACACGCAGAUGUGGCGCAAGUGAUUAGUGUUGUUUUUCCCCGCAUACAUACACGCGUCAGUGUCAAGAUAUGCAGAUGGAUACAGAUCCAUCGAUCUAAAUACGUCAAUUUAUCACAUGUAUACCAAGACAGUUUACGUGCUGGAUCUGAAGGUAUUAAUCCGUCGAAAAGUGUAUAUAUAGGCCAAGCGGUAUAAUUGUGAGUAGAGUACUAUUUAGAUUGUAUGUGUAGCACAUACAAAUUUCAUGGAAUAUUCAAUACUUGUGAAUGAAUAACUUUUAUUAAACAGUAAUCAG